GCUGACGCUGCUGAUGUAAACAAACGCGUCCGCAUCAUCUGCUGCUGCUGGCGCUUAUUUGCCCACAGAAAACGAACAGUCCACGUAAUUAUCGCGAAAAAUGAAUUCCAACACGGAAGGUAUACUGUCGAACCCAUCACAAUGGAAGCGUCCGGAAGAUAUUUUAAAAAUGCAACGGCUCAAACGCAAACAGCGAGCGCUGCAGGAUCGGAUGAACAAUCAUUCGAAGGCGUCGGGCACGCAAUCGAUACAAACUGGCAGCAGCGGUAACAGUGAGGAUCCGAUUGUGAAUCGGUUCGAGGCUAAUACGAAACGGAAGAAUCCUUUCUCAAGAAACGUAGAUCCAGCUCCCAAACGACAGAAGGAAGCUCACUCGAGUGAGCUGGACGCAGGAGAAGAUACAGUGUUCAGUCUACUCAGCAAACCACAAACUGUAGUCGUACCAAACCUGGAAGCGCCACAAACGAAAGCUGCCAUUGAUCCUAGGUUCCUGCAGGAUCAGCAUUGUCCCGUCGCGCAAUCGCUUCCGCCGGAACUAGAAGAAGAACCUCCCAAAAUGAGCAAGCUCGCCCCGAUCCACUGGAGCAUCAAGAGCAAACUGCGCAUCAUCUGUCGAACGCCGAUCCCCGGUACGAAUCUGAAAACGAACCAAGAAGCGAGUGGCCUAACCUCAUUCGUACGCUGCAUCGAUUCGAAGGAAUCGUCCACCGGACUGGACAUUUCGCCCGGUGCCCGCUUCUAUCAGGCCACUCUCUACUGGCAGCAUCCGUAUCUUCCGUGGUUCACCCUUUUCCCACGAAAUUCCCGCAACAACCACACGCAAACCCCACUGGAUGAGUCCGUCCGGGCCGUGCUGGCCAAAGAGUGGAUCAUUAGCUUUCGGAAUCUGUUUCAGCUGGUCCGUGCCCGGCACUGUCCGUACUUUUACCUGUGUGCGAACUCAUUCACCGUACUGUUCCGAGCGGCCGGUAUUGGUGGACGAGUCGAAACACACGCCCUACUCACACCAACCACACGGGGAAUGCGGGCCGCCCUUAAACAGGAGGAGAUUGAAUUCACAAUGCCAAUGAAGAAAGCAGCUCAAACGGCAGGAGACAAUCUAAACCGCUCGUCGGAAUCCGGUAUCGGAAAUAGCAGCUUUUCCAACUCGUCCGAAGAACAGUCCCAGACGACAACGAAUGAGGAGACGGCUGAUCGGUCGCUGGAAGCGGACGCCGACGAGGACGAUGACGACAUGGAUGGUGAGCAGUGGUUGGAGAGUCUCGGGGUGGAUGCAGCGGAAAUCCGCAAGAUCAGUGACAACCACAGCAAGAAGCAGCAGCAGCGAGAAUGUGGUGCCGAUUACAGCGAUCAAUCGCUUGUCCUCAUCGAAGGCCCCGAGUGUCAGGCGUUCUUCAACUUUCUCCUAAACGCAAAAAGCACCAUCGCCAAGGUCGGACGACUAGCUGGCAUUCCGCCGACCCUGCUUGCACCGGUGUCCUUCGCCGGAGCGACACUUCGCACCCUGCAGACUCGUUCCACCAAGAUCCAAAUGGAUGGAGAGGAAUACCACAGCACAGAGCUGCAAGGAGUCAUCCUGCCCCACAUCCUACCGUACGUCACGGAUCUCCUGUGUGAAAGUAAGGACAAAUUCAGCGUUACGCUAGCGACCGUCCCUAGCACGACCGCACUGUGCGAUGCGUCCCAGAGGCUCAUAAGCGAUUCGGACAAAGAGAACGAUGCGUCCGCGCUGGCUGGACCGGUAUUUGGCAAGGAGAACCUUUCCGACUGCGGACUCAACAAGCGCAUCGUCGAAAACAUGUGCCGCGCGACGAAGGAUUCCGUGUUCGACACGGAGCGACUGCUGUACAGCCAGGAGGCCGGUGGGUUUAGCUGGAGCUAGCGUAGCGAUCUGUUUUCAUGCAACCGGAUGAGGCUGAAUAAAGUCGUGCGCUGCACUUUACGCUCUUCAACACA